AUGGCAGCGCCCGUGGCGCUCACGACGGUCAUCGGCCUGAUGAGCUUCGGCUGGUCGGCCCAGGUGCGCGACAAUUACAUGGUCCCGGCCGUCUUCUUUGGGGUCGUCUCGUUCGGCUGCUCGCUCGGCUCGACGACGGCCAUCACGUUCUGCGUCGACAGCUACAAGCAGUACGCAGGCGAGGCGCUCGUGACGCUCAAGUUUUGCGGCUACCCGGAACCCUGGGAGUGA